UGGGUCUUAAAUGCGUUAAUAUAUUUCAUAGAGUAAAUUGUGCUAUCUAAAUCAGUGUUAUCCAUUGUAAAAGCUAUAUGUUAGCAUCAAAAGAGUAAAGAUUGUUUCAAACGUCGGCGAAUGACAGACAAAGGGUUCUUGGAAGUGUGGAAUAUUUUGGAAUGGUACGCGUCCAAGGGGAGAUUUAGCCGCUCUUCUCAACACGACACUGUAACAAGGAAAAAGUAGCCAAGAGGAUCGCAAUACAAUUAAACCGAAGCGUAAACAGAGUGCCAGACGAAGCAAAGAGAGAAGUGGAGCUAAACCGAGCAUCUUUUUACUGUUUUCAUUGGUUUGUACUUCACCAGCGGCUACCGCAGGCUCCACUGGAAACCAUGGUUUGUGCUCCUAAGAGCAUACUGGAGUUUCGAGUCGCCUCAAAACCGAGCAAAAAAUGAGCAGUGUGCGAUAAACGAGCGUAGGCAGCGCGUCUACAAAACAAAACCAGAGCUUCUAUUCUUGAAAAGCGGGCGUCCAGAAGAUGGGGCACCCUCCUCUUGAGUUUAGUGAUUGUUAUAAGGACAGUCCGGACUUCAGAGAGACUCUCAAGUGUUAUGAACUGGAGCUGGACAGGACCAGCAAAUUUCUGAAAGACUUGAUAAAAGAUGGCAACAGUGUAAUUACUGCAAUCAGAGGCUAUUCUUUGGCAGUGCAGAAGUUUUCCCAGACUCUCAGUGCAUUCCAGUUCGACUUCAUCGGCGACUCCCUGACAGAUGAUGAAAUUAAUAUUACUCAGUCAUUCCAGGAGUUUGCUGGUCUGCUGCAGGAAGUUGAGAACGACAGGAUGAUGCUGGUUCAGAAUGCAUCUGAUCUCCUCAUCAAACCUUUGGAGAAGUUCAGAAAGGAUCAGAUCGGAGUAACAAAAGAAAAGAAAAAGAAGUUUGAGAAAGAGAGUGAAAAAUAUUACUCCCAGUUAGAUAAACAUUUGAAUCUUUCUGCCAAAAAGAAGGAGAGUCAACUUCAAGAGGCUGAUGACAUCCUCGACAAAGAGUGGGCCAAUUUCUGUGAAUCGUCAGUGGAGUAUGUCUACCAGAUCCAUCAAGUGCAGGACAGGAAGAAGUUUGAUGUUGUGGAGCCGGUGCUGGCAUUUCUUCACAGCAUUUUAACACUCAACAACCUGACGGUGGAGAUGACUCAGGACUUCAUGCCUUACAAGCAGGAACUGCAGCUCAGCUUGCAGAAUACAAGAAACCACUAUGAGAGCACUUGCGAGGAGCUGGAGGAGCUGAUGAAGAGAAUGAAACGCCCAUCUCAGAUUUCUAAAAUGCACAAUUUUCUGCCAAUGGAAGGUUAUCUGUACUGUCAGGAGAAGUGGGCUUUGGGUGUAUCAUGGGUCAAAUAUUAUUGCAAAUAUCACAAGGAGGGGAGAAUGCUGAUCAUGGUGCCCUGUGAACAGAAGCCUGCAAUGAAACAGGGCCCUACGCAGCUCACUCUGAAAUCCUGCAUCCGGCGGAAGACGGAGUCCAUAGACAAACGCUUUUGCUUUGACGUGGAAACCGUUGAGAGAAACGCACCGGUCACUUUCCAAGCACUUUCGGAAGGCGACAGAAAGUUGUGGAUGGAAGCCAUGGAUGGAAAGGAGCCUAUUUAUCAUUCCCCAAUUCACAAGCAAGCUGAAAUGGAACUGAAUGAAACUGGAUUCAAGUUUGUGCGGAAGUGCAUCAACUACGUUGAAAUAAAAGGAGCCACACAGGAAGGAGUUUACAGAACAGUUGGCAGCAACAUCCAAGUGCAGAAGCUUUUAAAUGCCUUCUUUGACCCUGCAAAUCCAGGAGAUGUGGAUCUCCACAGCAGCGACUGGGAUGUUAAAACCAUCACAAGUGCACUGAAAUUUUAUCUGAGGAGUCUGUCUGAACCUAUAAUGACAUACAAUCUGCAUGGAGACCUCAUGUGUGCUGCAAAGGCAGAGAGCCUGGACUCACGACUAAGUGAAAUCCAUUCAAUUAUUUACCAACUACCAGAGAAAAACCGGGAAAUGUUGGAGUUGCUUAUCACACACUUGGUUAAUGUGUGCAGCCACAGUGAUGAAAACCGGAUGACUCCUUCAAACAUGGCUGUAAUCUUUGGACCCACGCUCAUGAGAGCGAAGGAGGAGACGGUGGCGGCCAUGCUUGAUAUCAAGUUCCAAAACAUUGUGGUUGAGAUUCUGAUUGAGGACUACAAAAAGAUAUUCAGUUGCAUGCCAGAGGAUAGCGCUGCCCCACCUGUCCCUCCGCCGCGGAUCGCCCCGAGGAAGCGACAGCCCAUCACAAUCUCCAAACGGCCUGCCCGUGUUCAUCAAGCUCUUAGUCACGACCACUUCCAGCACACAGAGAAUGGUCAGAAUGACGCCUCCAUCAUGGACGGGGAUGGCUCUGCAAACCCUGUUCCCCUAAAGCGGACCAAACCUGUAAGCUGUGCUCCACUUCCAAGAGAACUUUUACUGAGACAAGGAUUAAUCCCCAAAUCAGCUAAUCGUCUGGACCGGCAGACAGAAUUCGAUGCUAUGAAGACAUGUGAUACAAGGCAAAAGCCAGAUCCUUCCUCACCAGCAAAUGGAGAGUCUGGGGUCUAUGUGAGCAGGGUACCAUCGUUUCAGACCAGAAAACCAUCUCUAAAGGGUGCAUCAGCCAACCGAGAAGGAGAUUCUGAUGGUCUGACCAGAACAAGGUCUACAGAAAAAAAUGUCAUUUGUAGACCCCCCGUCAGGCCUCCUGAACCCCCCUCCAGAUGCCCCACUCCACAAAAGCUCCUAAGUGCAGCCAGCAGCGAGUCCACUGCUACAUCUUAUGUUGCAUCGAAAACCAAGUUUUUUGAGAAUGCCUCCAGGCAAGUUGGCAGUCCACCGCCUUCUUCGCCACCAUCAGUAUUGACAAAUAUAAAAAAAUAGAAUUAAGUUUAAGGAGAAUCACCUUAGACGUGCACACGAAGCUGAAGGGAGUCACCACUCAUAUAUCGAAGAAAUGGCUCUCAGUGGAACUGAAUGGAGUUCAGUUCUGGGCAAAAGUAAGAAUGGUGUCACACAGCAACGCCGUAAAAAACUGUGGCUUUGUUUUUAAUAGUUAUUCCAAAGUUAAACAGGAGAAAAGGACCUUCUUUUUUCUUGUUCCACACAUGUUAAAUUAUGUUGCCAUAAUUCAUCAUUUUACUGAGUUUUUAAUUUCUUUUGGACAAUUUUGUUUGUGGAAAUUAACAACUGUACUGGUCGUGACUUGUAACACUUAAUUUCAGCAGAGUGAAAUCCCAAAGUAGAUUAACUCAUUUAAAGCUAAUCUAAUCAGUUUGGGUAUUUGAAAAUAUGAAGCGUUAUUCUACAUGGUAACUACAUGAAGGAUUUAAAUAAAUUAUGUUUUACAGCUGAGCACAAAAACUGCUGUGCCAGUGUGUCUACUUACAUACCAACUCCUAGAGAUUAUCUUUCAGUAUUAAAACAAAUAGUGUGGAAAAGAAUAUUAGGAAGAAUAUUUUUAGUAACAAAAAAGGACAAAAUCAAUGGAUAAGCUAUGAUGGCUGGUCUUAAGGUUUUACUCAUGCCUGCCAUGUCUAUAGGGACACAGUAACUUGUUAUUCAACACUUCUUUUUUUAUUGGAAAUACAGAAAGUGUAUAUUGAAUUCGUACAGAAUGUAAUGCUAGUAUUAGUUUUAAACGGAUUCCCUUUUGUGCAUUCUCUCAUUUCUUACCUUAUCUAGGAAUGUCAGGUUAUUGAGGAAAGUCCUCAAAUAUUUUUUUUGUUUUCUUUAAAUGAAUGGUUGAAAAAAGAAAAGCAGGUCAACAGUUUGUGAAAAUAACACUCCAGGGUUUGUUUUUAUUGUUGUUCUUAAUGUGGUUAUGUGUUAAUUUUACAUGUGGUUAUUUUCUGUCAACCCAACUUGAAAAUGAUGUUUUUUGUCUAUUUUUCAAAAUGGAAAAUAAACGCAAAGAGUUUAUAAAAUGAUCAUUUAUUUUAAGAGCUUUUAAUUGUGCACUUCUAUGUUCCUGAAGGUUUUUGUUUCUUUUUUCUUGUCGUAAAACCUGUAAACUGUAUUAGAUUUUCUUUCUUUUUAUGUUGGAAGGGAUCUUUUUGGACAGAUUGCAGUACACAUUGUAGUUUAUUAAACACAUUGGGUCUGU